AUGUUUUCGUCUUCGUCGUCGUCGGCGGUGGCUGGGGCGUUGGAUGGCGACGAGGAGGCGUUCGAGCACACGCUGCUGGUGGUGAGGGAGGUGUCGGUGUACAAGAUCCCGCCGCGGAGUACGAGCGGCGGGUAUAAGUGUGGUGAGUGGCUGCAGACAGACAAGAUCUGGUCGGGGCGGCUCCGCGUAGUCUCAUGCAAGGAGCGGUGCGAGAUCCGCCUCGAGGAUCCUAAUUCUGGGGAUCUUUUUGCCGCCUGUUUCGUGCUACCCGGGCAGCGUGAGGCCUCUGUCGAGACUGUCCUUGAUUCGUCUCGAUACUUCGUGCUUAAGAUCGAGGAUGGUCGCGGGAAGCACGCUUUCAUCGGCCUCGGGUUCACCGAGCGCAAUGAAGCUUUCGACUUCAAUGUCGCUCUAUCGGACCACGAGAAGUAUGUGCGGAGGGAGCAUGAAAAGGAGUAUGGAGACGGCGGUGGUGCCGCCGGGGGGCCCAACGACAGCAGCGACCAUAUAGAUAUCCACCCGGCCGUGAACCACAGGUUGAAGGUAUCCAUGAUGUGUUAUUUCGAAAUUCAAAGAAAUUUCCGCGCGUUGGCGUAGUUUAACUGAGCAGAAAUUAUACUAUUCGUGGAUUGCGUGUAGUAUUGCUUGCGUGCAAUUCAUUUUCUCCCCGGCUGCUCUCCUUUUCAUAAUGGUCCAAAUGCUCAAUACUGGUGAAAUUCUGGUUGAGUUGGUGAGCGUAAUUUUUGUUCGCACAAAUAUACUCAUCCUUAGUGACGGAUUUUUGGUGGUGUAAGAUUCGUCGAUAGCCUACAUUACUAACCAGAAGCUACUGCCCUACAUCGUAUGUCGAACUUUACUUGAUAUCUUUAAUUUAAUUAUUUAUUAACUUCUUUCUGUCGCCGGUCACUUCUUGAUUGAAAGUUUCCUUUUCUAUUUCCCUCUGUCUCAUACACGGCAAACUAUUAGCUUCUGGCUAAUGCAUCUGUUUAAUUGUCAAAAGUCUAUUCUUUAUCCAGUAUCUCGCAGAUUUAGCCAUCCUUGUACUUUUCCACCAUAAAUGUAAUGAAAUUUAGUAGUCCUUUUUUUCUCUGCAUAGACAACGGAGUUCAUUUCUUUCUCUACCAUGACUGAACAAGGAAGUUAUGGUUUAAAUCUUCUGAAAACAAUCUGUGCCUGAAAGAUCGUUUUCCCAAAAAUGAAGGAAUCUUCGUGAAUGAUUGUCUAGCUGUCUGGAUUUUUCCUCUUACUUUUACAUGCAUUCUCUAAUGUACUCGAAUUCAGAAGGCGUUUUCUUCUAGUUCCCUUAUUUUUUCUUUUGUUUAAUCUUAUGAUUGUUUCAAUGAGUUUCUUACAGAUAUUCCCGCGCAUCCUGGAAAUAUAGCACCGUCGUGUUUUUCGCUUUACAGAAUAACGCAUGUUCCUUUGAGUUUGGAGUGCGACACUUAUAAAGUGAAAUGGUUGGUCUUUAAGUGAUUUUGGUUGACGGUCCUUGGAAAGAGGGAAACUGGAAGUAUUUCUCGUAAUCAUCGACAAAGUUCCUACGUAGUGACUCUAGUAUAACGUAGGGUUUCUCAUAUCCUGAAAUCUGAAAAACUAUGUUUGUCACCUCAGCCUAAUCCGGACCCCCUCCAUUGCCGUGUCCCAAGUUAAGCAUUCUCGGCAGUUUUCUAGGAAGUUUCCUCUGAAAGAUGCCGUGCCCUUGAACAUGUCUCAAAGAAAUGCUGCGGAUGACCAUCUAUGCCUAGACAGAAUAAAAAAUGAGAGAGUUUGAUCGGUUCCUUCUCUGUGGCAACAAUUUCCCAUCUCAUAAAAUGUAUGUAAACUUUUCACUGGUUAAAUUCAAUUGGCAAUCUGUGCUUGAUCAUACUAUGGACUUUAUUCUUAUCAUGCAACGAUCCAUUCUUCUCCAGCCAAAUAAAUUGGUUGCCGAAAUUCAUUUUUCUUUGUCAAGUCAAUUGGCCAUGUUUUUAUUGCCGUAGGGUUGUCAAUCUCAUAGUUCCUUUCUUUCAAAUUGUUGUUUCUCUAUGUUUGUGUUUCUUCUGAAAAUCAGAUUUUUGAAAUCAUAUCACAUUAUGCUUUUCAUUCCCGCCGCUCUACAAGCGUUUUUGGUUUCUAGGGUUCUUGCUUUCUAUUCUCCUCUGAGAUUUUUAGAUGGAUACUUAUCGAGCAGUAUGACCUUGUCAGAAUGUUCCAUGCUACGUAACUAUUACUCUUCAAUUAUCUAUAAAUAUUCGUGAAAAACCUAGAUGUUCCAUGCUUACUAUAUCCCCAUGUGCUGCUUGGAUCUCAUAAGUUUUAUGUGAUAUAAUAAGCUUUUGUGGAUGUUGUGCUGGAUGCGCGCUCAGGAUUCCUGAUCCACAUCUUUUGCUAUGUUAUUUGUGACCAAAACGGUGAAUUUCUUUCUUGUAUGAUAAUUUUCGCUGGUAUCUAUCAUUAGGAAGGUGAGACCAUUCGGAUAAAUGUCAAAAACAAGCUGUCUACGGGCAGUGGGAUGCUUUCAGCUGCCGGACUGUCUGGCGGUGCCUCCUCCACGACCAAACCAGUGACACUGAUUGCACCACCACCUACUGGGGCUGGCAAAAUCAGGUCCCCUCUUCCCCCUCCGCCCAACGAUCCUGCAGCUACUCGGAUAGCAUCUAGUCACGGCGUCAAGGAUCCAAGGGGAUCUGUCAAACGAGCGACUGAUCCUCUGUCAAAUCUCUCCUCUCUCGAGGUACGGCGAGUCUUCUUCUGUGAUUUUCGUCUAGUCGUGCCUUUGUUUCAUGUUGAGCAUCCAAGUGUGAGAGCAAAGCCAAAAUGGCUAGCGGGGACAGGGCUCCACCGAGCAACGGUUUGAAAAUAUCGAAGUGAAUUCUUACAUCGCAUGUUCCACCUUGAGCGCCGUUGACUUGCAAUUUAUUUAUAGUCCACUGCUCGAUAAUGUAGUAUGGUGAUGCUUUCAUGCUCUUUAAUGAGCAGCUAUAUCGGCUAUUGUUUGACUUCAUGACAACAUGUGAAUAAUGCCCAUCGAAGACAUGACGAUUGAUUUUAUGACGGAACUAUUAAUAAUAGGCAGCUGACUUCUCUGGCAUAUUCUCGUCAAUUCUUCAUUCAUCUGCUUGGAGAUGGUUACUUGUUCUUAAGUCAACGACUUUUCUAUAAAUAUGGGGUGAUCAAGAUGAUCCGAACUGUCUUUCAAGCGGCGCAGGAAAUUUAUGUUUCCAAUUUUUUUUCUAUUUCUUCGUCGAUAUGAACAUUCAUUCAUGCCUAGUUUUCAUAUUUUUUUUUCCAAAUGAAGAUCAACAUUUGCGUGCACUCAUACUUGAUGAUCGAAUCUGUUCCUUCCAUCCUACGCCUUGCAGAAGAGCCUCCCAUCGUCGGCAGGAUCUGGUUCCAGCUGCGGCCCGGCAUCCGGGUGGGCGGCGUUCUGA